UCUGCGCUCAACGCUAAUCUGUCCGUUAUUGAACGAAUGCAGAGCGAUCUCCAUCACCACUUCACUGAGAUGGAAACGAAGUACAGAUCUGUCAACGAAACCAAGGCUCAAAUCUGUGAAUUUUUGACCAGCAGAAGAGAGCAAACAUGUUCCAAGGAUUGGAUCAGAAAUGAAGACCUGUGUUAUUUCAUUUCCUCGUUUGAAAGUUCUUACCAGGGGGCGAAGCAACUCUGUUCUAUCGCUGAUUCAAAACUUCUUCAAAUAAUUUCAGAGGAGAAAGAGGAAAACGGUCUCUAACGUCGUGUACAAGGUGAACUCUGGAAAGUUCGAAUGCAAUGAAUGUAAAUCCGGUUGGCUUGGCAGUUGCAAAAAUGGUCAGCACCGUUUCAUUUGUGAGAAGCCCGCAGCUUUGCGUCCGGAUAUUCCUGAAAAGAUCCGGGAUCUUUGUCAAAAGUCCGCGUAGCCGACGUAAAUCAAGUGACAUUAUUCUCUAACCACAAUUCCUGCUCUCUCACCGACUCUGACAACCGAAUCAGUUCUGCCCCUUGCCCCUACCCUAUACUUUCUCUACCUAUGGCAUUCUUUUUCGCAAUCUUGCUCUCUCUUUACACUCCUACUUCUGAUCUCUCUGUCAUAACUUCUUCCCAUCCAUCUUCCAAUAUUUCAUCCCCAUUUUCCUUCCCGUCACUUUCCUGCCUCCCGCUCCCAGCAUCAAAGGACUGCAUCGCAUAUCCGUAACUUAUCCGCCCUGAGCUUUGUAUCUUUGUAUGAUCAAUACGUGAGAAGUAUGUAAAAUUAA